UUCAGUUUUAAGAGACUUAUUAAAGGCGGAAGUAUUCUUCUUCGUAUAGAACAGAGAACUGAAAAAAAUUGCCUUAUACUUUUUGAUUUCUAGUUGAUACAAGUUCGGUUAUACCUAUUUGUGCCAAGUUUAAAAGUUACUUCAAAAAAAAAAAAAAAUUAAUUUCAAAAAUGUUAGUUAAACAAAAGGCACGUUAUAUUCUCGACUUGAAUGCCGAAGAAAGAAAAGAAUUCUUAAAAUCAUUUGAUAUUGUUCUAAGUGAUUGUGAUGGUGUCAUCUGGCUGUUGGCAGGUCCAAUUCCUGGAGCUGGAAAUAUAAUAAACCUUUUCCUUCAAGCGGGUAAAAAAUACAAACUCAUUUCCAACAACAGUAUGCGUUCUGAUGAUGAGUAUUUGGAUUUGCUGGGAAAAAUGGGUGUUCAGGAUAUUGGAAAUAACGAUAUUGUUCAUCCAGUGAAAACAAUUACAAGAUAUUUACAAAAACAUAAACCAGGUCAAUUGGUAUACUCAAUGGGAUGCGAUGUCUUCAAUGAUCAUCUACGAAAGUCUGGAAUUGAAGUUCAAACUUUGGAAUCUCGAAACGAUUGGACAUUUUCACUUCUUUCGAAAUCACUGAAACCAGUUGAACCAGUUGGUGCAGUUAUUUUCGAUUUGAGUCUUAAUUUGUCCUAUGCAGCAUUAGUUCACGCACAACAGCAUUUAAAAAAUAAUCCAAAUACAGACUUUAUUGUGGGUGCCACAGAUGAAAAUGCUCCAGUUACAAAGGAUCUAGUAGUUAUUGGUCCUUCAGGAUUUAUUCAGCUUCUAAAAGAGAACACUGGAAAGGAUCCAAUAGUCCUUGGUAAGCCAGGUCCUCUAUUGGGUAAAUUCCUUAAAGAGCAUUUCGAAAUAAAAGAUCCAAAACGUGCAAUAUUCUUUGGAGACGCUUUGGAACAAGAUAUUAAAUUUGGCAAUGCAUGUGGCUUCCAAACGCUAUUGAUGCUUUCUGGAGCAACAACAAAAGAACAAAUGCUUGCUCUACCAGAAGAACAUAAGCCAGAUUAUUAUGCAAAUAAUAUUGAAGAUUUAAAACAAUUAUUCGAACAAAAAAUGUAGAUUUAUAAAAAUUAAGUUAAGAAUUUAAAAAACCACUUUAAAAAAAAAGUAUUCGUACAAAACCAAAGAGAAAAAGUAUUUUUAAAUAAAUGUUGAAUGAAUGAAGAAGGAUAUAAAUUUGUAUGUUAAUUAUGUUAAAUGUGAAUAAAUAUAAAAAUUGUAAUUUAAUAUGUAUUGAGUAAAUAAACAAAAAAAAUUGCCUGUU